AGCCCUGGAUUUAAUUUUGAUACCAACGUAAGGAGGGUGGGAGGAAGUGAAGUCUCACUUCUGCAUUCUCCCCCUGCCCCCGGGUCUGUGUGGGAGCCCUAAUUCUCUUCCAACUCUGUCUGGGUGAUAUUGGCUGGAAAGUGGACUAGCAGGCAGGCGUGGUAAGGAAGCUGCUACAGCUGACCUGUCAAAUCAGAGAGCUUGCAGGAUGGAUGGAACAAGCUCAUCUGCUUAGCUGUUUUGAUUGGGAAGGCACGGGAGAAGAGAUUAAUUGCUGCAGAUAUUGGGGCUGGGAAACAGAUGCUAGAAGAUGCUUAAAGAGGUACCAAGAAGUAAACUCUAGACAGCCGUGAAGAUGAGCAACGAAACCACCCCGGAGGUGGUCUCUUCCCCCCCGGUCUCCUCCCCGCCCCCCCAAGGACAGCGUUACUUCGAUCGGUUCUCCGAAGAUGACCCAGAAUAUCUGCGCGUCCGGAACAUGGCGGCCGAUCUCCGGCAGGACUUCAACAUGAUGGAGCAGAAGAAGCGAGUCACCAUGAUCCUGCAGAGCCCAUCUUUCAGAGAGGAGCUGGAGAGCCUUAUCCAAGACCAAAUGAAGAAAGGGAACAACUCCAACAUCUGGGCCCUGCGACAGAUCGCGGAUUUCAUGUCCAGCACUGCUCCCUCCGUCUUCCCCACCUCUCCCAUCAGUCUCUCCAUGGUGACGCCCAUCAACGACCUCCAUGGCACCGAGUCGCUGUCCCUAGUGAAAGGGGAGCGGCUCAUGCGUUGCAAGGUUGGCAGCAUCUACAGACUGCUGGACCUGUACGGCUGGGCGCAGCUCAGCAACACCUACGUCACGAUGCGUGUCAGCAAAGAACAGGAUCACUUCUUGAUCUGCCCUAAAGGUCUUUCGUGUAAUGAAGUCACCGCUUCUAGUCUGAUUAAAGUGAACAUCCUGGGUGAAGUGGUGGAGCAGGGCAGCACCAGUUUUUCCGUGGACGCUAGAGGAUUCGGCCUGCACUCAGCCAUUUAUGCAGCCAGACCCGACGUCAGAUGUAUUAUCCACUUGCACACGCCUGCCACUGCGGCGGUGUCUGCCAUGAAAUGUGGCAUCCUGCCUGUAUCCCACGAUGCAUUGCUGCUGGGCAACAUGGUGUACUUCGAUUUCAAUGGAGAGAUGGAGGAAGAGGCAGACAGGAUUGAGCUACAGAAGUGCCUUGGACCAACCUGCAAGAUCCUGGUGCUGCGAAAUCACGGCGUGAUCACUCUGGGAGAUACAGUGGAGGAAGCUUUUUAUAAAACCUUUCACUUGCAGGCUGCUUGUGAGAUCCAGGUCUCUGCCUUGUCUAGCGCUGGGGGAGCUGAGAAUCUGAUUGUGCUGGAGCGGGAGAAGUACAGGCCCCACGAUGUUGGGUCAGUCCGAUGGGCCGGGAGCACGUUCGGACCCAUGCAGAAGAGCCGCCUGGGAGAGCAUGAGUUUGAGGCCCUCAUGCGAAUGCUGGACAACCUGGGUUACCGAACAGGCUACACGUACCGGCACCCUUUUGUCCAGGAGAAAAUCAAGCAUAAAAGCGAUGUGCUGAUCCCUGCCACCGUCACAGCGUUCGUCUUUGAGGAGGAGGUUGCUCCCAUCGCCACCCUCCGACAGCAUGCCCAGAAGCAGCAGAAGGAGAAGACCCGCUGGCUAAACACGCCCAACACCUACCUACGGGUGAACGUAGCUGAGGAGAAUCAGAGAAGCGCGGGCAGCCAGCGGACUAAGACCACGUGGAUGAAGGCCGAUGAGGUGGAAAAAGCCAGCAGCGGGACCCCGAUCCGAAUCGAAAACCCCAACCAAUUUGUGCCUCUCUACACAGACCCCCAGGAAGUGCUGGAAAUGAGGAACAAGAUUCGGGAGCAAAACCGCCAGGAUGUGAAAUCGGCAGGACCCCAGUCCCAGCUCUUAGCCAGCGUGAUAGCAGAGAAGAGCAGGAGUCCGUCCGCGGAGAGUAACCUGGCUUCCAAAGCAGACACGGAGACAAAAGAAGAAUCCCAGGAGGAGAUACCAACUGAGCCAGAGCCCCCCAACCCGUUCAGCCAGCUAACCGACCAAGAGCUGGAGGAGUACAAGAAAGAGGUGGAAAGAAAGAAACUGGGAUUAGACGGUGAGAGAGACGCGAGCGUGGAGGAAUCUCAGGCUUCUCCUGUGAAGUCUCCCUGCGCUUCCCCACAGCGAAGCCCCACAAAGUCUCCACCAAAGAGCCCACCCGUGUCCCCCACGAAGUCCUCAGACGGUGCUAAGAAGACGGACACCAGCCAAGCCCUUGCCGAUCCCACUGCUGCUGGAGAGGAGGCGCAGCCGGCAGCGGUGGUCGUGAACGGGAAAGAUGAUGACCAAACUGCAGAAGACACCCUAAGCAAAGGAAUGAGCCAGAUGACCACAACCACAGAUGCUGACCCAGAUGCCCCUAAGGACAAAACCGAGUCAAUUACUAGUGGGCCUGUGUCCCCAGAAGGCUCGCCAUCCAAAUCUCCCUCCAAGAAGAAGAAGAAAUUCCGGACCCCAUCCUUCCUGAAAAAGGGCAAAAAGAAGGAGAAGGCUGAAUCUUGAUUCCUCUCCAGGCCUUCUCCUCCUGCUGCUUCCUUCCUUCUCCCCCACCCACCAAGGUCACCAGAGCAGUAGAGGAAGCUGAUAGCCAAUAGCUGCCUCUCCUAGAAUGGUUUGUGCUGAGAUAGAACCAGAGGUUGAGGGUCCUGGAAUGACUCCUGUGUAAUACAUGUGGCUGAGACAACAUCUAGACUUUGGGGGAAAUGAGGCAAAUUUUCUGGGUACUCAUGGCGCGAGACGUAUCAUUCCCUGUUAAACCGGUUUUUGAAGAAGUAAGCGAGUUUAGGAAUGAUUGUGGUCCUUAUUUUCUGCUCAAGGGAGCUAGUCACUAAUUUCACAAGCUGUAAAACUGGUUCUCUGUACCAGUUCCUCCACAGCACUAAUGCUCCAAACCAUUUAUCUCCUGUGGGCUGUUUUUCCACAUGCUGCUACCUUUACAGCCCAUGUGGCCGCCUUUUAGAAAUAAUUUGGUGCAAGAAAAGACCCUCGUGAAACAGGAGGGGACAUUGACAAUGAUUGAUUCCCUUUUUCCAGUUCUGCAGUGGAAUCCUGGCUAAUUACAGUGUUGCAAUUCGCUGUAUAAUCUCAAAUGGAGACGAUCCAGUUUUAUCAAAACCCAAAGGUGAAGGAUUGCUCUCCUAGAAGGAAGGGUCAGGCUAUGGACCCAUGACCUUUUGCCUCCUGGGCCUUACACCUAGGCCAACAAGCCAUUUUCAAGUUCCUUUCUAGCCAGAAUGGUGACACCAAGUUAUCUAACGAUCCAUUUGCUGCAGUAGUGAAGCCUCUUGGAAAUGACUAUUGUGUCUCAGUCGGUGGGGAAGUACACAAAUCCCUCCCUCACAAUAACACACAAGAUAACGUGUCCCACUAUAUUUAUAGUGGUAAGAGCGGGGAAGGAAAAAAGCCUCCGGGAACUCUCUAUGUUAAGUUUAAGAAGCAAGAAAGUUUCAGUCACUAAGUGCUAUUUUGUUAGUUUGGAAUAAAUGCACGCUGACGAUAUCACUCCUGUAAUAAUCACUCCAGAAUGAAAAGCCUAUAGAAAAGGCGACUUCACCCCCACUUGCUGCGCUACUAAUUAAUUACACUUAGAUGAGGCUGUGAUGCAGAUAUGAGACCUGUUAGCACUUUUCAUUGCGUUCAGCUUCCGCUGGCUCAGCACAUGCCAUUCUGGACUGGCAGCGAAGAGGGGUUGUGAGUGCAUUCCCUCUUCCCCACCCGCACUCUCCCACCAACCCCGACUCCAGAGUGAAAAUGAAACACGAGUUCACACCUGUGACAUGUUAUUGCCAACUGGCUUAACCUGCCCCCCCCCCAUCUCUAACCUUCACCCCCUCUUCAAAAUAAGACAAAGUUACCAACAGAUGAGGAUUAUUACAAUUUACAAUCAGAGAAUCAUAGAAAUAUAGGGUUAGAAGGGUCAUUGAGAGACCAUCUGAUUCAUCCCCCCAUGCUAAGGUAGGAUUAAGUAAACCUAGACCAUCCCUGACAGGUGUUUGUCCAACCUGUUCUUAGAAUCCUCCAAUGAUGUAGAUUCCACAUCCUCCCUCGGUAACCUGUUCCAGUGCUUAACCAUCCAGAUAGUUAGAAAGGUUGAGCUAACAUCUAACCUAUCAUGCCACAGUUAAAGGAGAUAAACAGGCCAAUGUUCCUCUGUCAGUUUGAGGACUCUGGCAUUAAAGGUGCUAACCAAAUGAGAGCUUGAUCUUGCUCCAUUGAAACAGGAUUUCCAUUGGCUUAAAUGGGAGCUGGAUCAGACCCCGAAGGCUUACGGUCGCUGUUCUCAAACAAUGGGCUAUUGUUAGUCCGCAGAAUGGCACUUGGAGAACCAUGCAAGGGAGUGGGGUGGGGUGUGUGUGUGUGUGUUGAGAAACUGGGAAAGAGGUGGUCCAUGGAGAAAUCUUUCUCUGUCAUCAGGUCCACAGAAUGGAAGGCUUGAGAACAACUGAUGUAGAAGGAUAUUGUAGUCUGUAUACUGACGCAGUAUUCUGGGUCAGGCUCAUCGCUAACGUCUACCAGUAGUUCUAUAAGAUCAGAAAGCGAGGCUACUUUCUGUAGUGGCCUGGACUUGAAACAGUGACGCUGAACGCCAAUGAAGUUUGGAUUUGGAUGUGAUUCCGGAUCCAUAAUUUGUGAGCCGGAUCCAUCUCUGCCUGUAUGAAGCAAAAUGGUUGGAAAAAUUCUGAUAAAAAAGCAACACCUUUCGUUGUGUUUUUUUAUGUUCCAACCCUGUGGUUUUCAGAGUCUCAUUUGUGCUGGAAUGAGGCUGUGGGGUCUAGUGGUUAAAGCACAUGACUGCAUCUUAGGAUACCAGGGUUCUAUUCUCAGCUCUGGCCUGGUGGUUGACCUUGGAUUAGUCUCUGCACCUCAGUUUCCCCUAUGUGCUUUGAGCUCUGCUGUUGAAAAGUGCUAUAUGUGAACGCUAGGUAUGGUUAUUUAUUAUUCCCCUUCACAGUAACAGAAUCUGUUCAGGCAAAAUGUCCUUGAAAUAAUCUUUUUUUAAUAAGGCUCUUGUGGUGGGGAAUCCAAGAACGUGCAUUCCAGCAAGAUCCAUACUGAGAAAGUAGCUGAUGCAUUUUCUUCAUAGGGUAGGGAAUCAGCUCCCCAAUCUUGCAUCACGAUUUGCCUUAAUACAGAACUUUGGGGUGAUUCGCAAUUUUUAAUAAGCACCAAUAUCUUGCUUUGCCACCUUUUUUUUGGGGGGGGGGUAGAAUGGAGGGGAAGAUAUUUUGAAAACACAAGUUAUUUUUAUUUUAAAGAGCAAGUUACUAGGUGUGCUUGGCAAAUGUGGAACAUGGAAAAAAAAUCAACAAAAAAAACCUCAGCAGCAAAAACGCCGGACCUUUUAGAUAUGUGCUCUUGGUGUUCAUGUAUGCUAGAUAAAUUAAAUCCAGGUCCUUAAGGUUAGCUGUGCUUAAGUUUCUGUUGCCUAAAUCCAUUGUAUGCACGAUGGGCAGAUUUUGACAAAUUAAAGGCCCAAACCUAUAAAUAUUUACUGUUGGAUGUUGUGCUUAUUAACAUUAGAUUUUAAGGCCAGAAAGGUUCAUUAUGACCAUCUAGUCUGAAUUCCUGAAUAACACAGGCCAGAGAAUUUCACCCCGAGUGAUCCUGCGGAGUCAAUGGUUAUUAUUGACCAUGAUAUCUUAUUGUUAUUUAAUAUCUGAAUUACAACCCUGCCCAGAGGCCCAUGAUCCGGAUUGAGGCCCCAUUGGACUAAGUGCUGUAUAAACAUAGAUGAAAGUAAAAAGCAACAGAGGGUCCUGUGGCACCUUUAAGACUAACAGAAGUAUUGGGAGCAUAAGCUUUCGUGGGUAAGAACCUCAUUUCUUCAGAUGCAAGUACAGUACUUUUUACAGAUUCAGACUAACACGGCUACCCCUCUGAUAGAUGAAAGUGUGGUCCCUGCCUCCAAAGAGCUUGAAAUCUUGGGUCCUGCUUCUGCAACAGACGCCACAGACCCAUGUGAAGUGGUCCGUCUAUGUGGUGUCAGUCACAGUACUGGGCCUAAGACCCCUAAGACCUCAGUCCUGCAGUCAGACCAUGUGGGGUCUCACAAAUUCCAGUGGGGCUUCACGUGAAUGCGCACGCACCAUGUGGAUCAGACUGCAGGACUGGGGAUUAGAGUGGUGCCUGAGUCUUAUGCUGAGGUGAAUUCCACCCUUAGUACAAUUAAUACCUGGGGCAAAAUUCAGACUUCAUAUAGCUAAUCAGCUCCAUUGACUUCCUUAUUUGUUACUUGUACUGGAGUUGCAUCUGUUUACACCAGCUCUGAUUUUUGCCCUGUGGUGUGACCAGUUUUAAGGUCUGGCGCUGGGUGUUGGGCACCAAAGAAGAAAAACAUGAGCCAACGGUCUGCUCCGUGCAAAGGCAAAUGUUGAGAUGGGUGACCGGGUAAGCCAAGAAGGGCCACAUGAGGAACAUGUAGGUUAGAGACAUACUCAAAGAAACAGCCAUAAACAAAAGAACGAGGGAGUGCAGGCUCAGAUGGUUUGGUGAUGUAAAGCGCGGUCUAGACAACUAUGUGGGUAAGAGAGUCCAAGAGAUCAAGACUGAAGGGAAAAGACUGCGAGGCUGACCCAAGAAGAAAUGAUGGGAUGUCAUAAGGGAAGAUACAAAAACAACUAGGAAUCUGGUGGCACCUUAAAAACUAACAGAUGUAUUUGGGCAUAAGCUUUUGUGGGUAAAAAAACUACUUCUUCAGAUACACACAAAAGCUUAUGCCAAAAAAAAAUCUGUUAGUCUUUAAGGUGCCACCGCACUCCUUGUUAUUUUUGUGGAUACAGACUAACACCACUACCCCUGAUAAGGGAAGAGGUUAGUUUGUGGUGUGAUGGAAGCUAAGGCAUUGAGCAAAGUGCUUUGGGAUUAACACCAGGAAAAGAGGAGGGGUGUGUGUGUGUGUGUCUAAGUCAAAUAUAUAGGUGCAUAGAGCUAGGCUUAAUGUCUGAAAAAAUCAUGAGCAGAGGCAAAAGUAAUAUGGCUCCUCACAUUUUAUUUAGAAGAAAAUAAAGAAAGGCUGAAAGCUAAGUUCUUGGAACGUCUCAAGCCACCAUUCCCCCAGAUGAGUAAGAGGUUCGCAACUUGGUCCUAAGACUUUUUACUUUUCUUCUUUUUCCUCUUUCCAUUCUGAGCCUUUUGCGUCUCCUCUCACCCCUUCUGUACUCCCCUGCUUUCCUCCACUUUUGUUUUCUAUCUGCCAUCUUGGAUAUGUUUGUAGAUAGCUCCAGGGCCGAUUGCCACAUCCUUCCCACUCCUCCUUCUGUAAAGUUGGUGUCAGCUUGACAUGCGCCUAGUUCAGAGCUGUAUUUUGGGUAUAGACACCAGUACCACCAAAGUUAAGGGAUGUUUAGAUCCCGUGUUCUUGCUGGACCUGUCUCUAGCAGAGAUGAAACCAUUCCAAACCCCCUGACGCAAAUACCCCCAAAUUUUGCAGUCUGGGAGUGGGGAUCAUCUUUAAUCUUACCAGUCUACUAAAUUGCAGGCUGCAUGGAUUUUAUCACACAAGGCAGCAAAAGCCAAAACCCAACA